GAAUUAUUAAGUUGUUACGUAAUUAGUCGUUAUAUUCAGUUUUGAAAUAAAUCGCCAGUGUCCCUAAACGCAACGUUGUCAAAUUUAAAACUCUAAACAGUGCCGUUUGAUUGGCUGAUCAUUUUACAAUGAGAAAGAACAAGCCAAUCGGCGAAGUCGUUCUUUGUCGUUGUCAGCAACCAAAAUACACAAUCCGAAAACCAGGAAGUGGCGUGUGACCGAGAGACGGGUCACAAACGCUUUUAUUAAACGCUGAAUUAUUGACCACCUGUUUCCGUCUACACGAGGAUGUCCGCAAGCCCGACGCCCCCGCGGUAAACGCCUUUCUGUCGGCAUGAAUCUCGGAGACGGCCUGCUAUUCGAACUCGAAAAUGGAAAACCCAAGUUGAUUUUACUCAGCCGUGGCGUUGAGAAGAAUCCAGCAAAGCUGUCCUUCGGGCCCAGAAAGGCCAACGUCCUGAGCUCCAGGCGGCCGUUAUGUGAGGGGGAGGCGAGGGGAGACGAGGAGCGUCCAGGCCGGCAGCAGCAGGCGGGGAGGCACAGAGAAACCAAGAGCAAGGCGGGAGGUGCUGCUGCCCCCUUCACCUCCACCACAGGCGGGGGGAGGAGCACCGCUGUCACAUCGUCAAAGACUCAGCAGCGGCACAGAGGACACAACGUCCACGCUGUGGCCGAGGCGAAGUCCGACAGGCACAAAGACGACACCGCUGUCGGCUCCCUGAGGGCCGACGGGAAAAAGGGCCGACUUCGGAGGGGCGGGACAUCCGCCGCUGGAAGCGAGGGAGUAACGGGCUCGCUGGCCAGCGGGGGCACAGGGCCGAAGGACACCGAGGGGUGUCUGACCGAUGGGCAGCUACAGAAGAUCCUCCUCUCAGUCCAGACCUCCAGCGUUGGUCCACACCCACCAGAGGAGCACAGGACCCGAGGUACCGGUUGUGCCAAUCAAUCAGACCCAAAAGAAGGCGGCUCCUUAAUUAUUGAUGGAGGAGAGAUGAAGGAGGAAGAUAGAGGUGGAGGAACUGAGACGAGCGGAAGAUCACUGGAUAAAGACGACCGGUCGUCUGCGUGUGCGUUCAGCUGGCAGGAGGAGCGACACUCAGACAGCAGAGCGGCCGCCGACGCCAAGAAGGCUCUGUGGAGGAGAGAACUAGAUGAGCAGGUGGCGUUGAAGCAGCAGCGCUCGGCUCCCGGCAGAUUGCAGGCUGAGUUUUCAGUUCAGAGCUCCAUCAGCCACAGAGAUCAGCCUGCAGCCAUCAGAUCCAGCCUGAGACUCGGGGAGGUCACUCCGAUGGAGGAGGAGCAGAGUGCCGAGAGGAGACGGGAGCAGAGGAGACGCUGGCUGGAGGAGCUGGACCAGCAGAGGGAGGAGACGAGUCAACGCAGGAGACAAGAGAAGCUGCUGCAGAGACAGACGGAGGACCACGAGCUCUGGGCGAGACACUUUGACUCUCUGAAGAGACGACCUCCAGCCCCGUCAUCUCCACCGCCGUCCACCGUCUCUGAGCGGGGGGAGUGGGAGCCCUCGUCCAGCCUGUCCCUGGUGUGGGAGGCCACCAGCAGCUGUGGAGCAGAGAGCGUGGGGAGAGCCAGCGUGGAUACAAGCAGCGCACACCCGACCAGAGCCAGGUAUCUGAGGUCCAUGACCGCCCUGCUGGACCCCGCCCAGAUAGAAGAGAGAGACAGGAGGAGGCUAAAGCAGCUGGAGCAGCAGCGAGCUAUCGAGGCCCAGGUGGAGGAGCGCCGGGUGCAGAGAGAGAGGGAGGAGGCGAGGAGGAGAGAGGAGUUGGAGGAGGAAGAGAGGCGGGUGGCGCUGGAGAGGGAGGCGCUGGAGAGACAGUUCGCGCUGGACACACUGAGGCAGAAGUCGAGCGCUCCGGCGCAGCAGCCAGACACCGAAGACGAGGACAACGAGAGACCGCCGAAGACGCUGGAGACCAGCGUUUCCAGGCAGAGCGACAGCUUGGAGGACAACGACAGUUCAUCCUCCCCGUGCAGAGACACCGCCGUGCAGACGGUCCCCUCUCUACCGCUGAGAGUUCAGACUCCUGAGGUCUCUGCACAUUACCAGACACCACCUCCUCCUCCCUCUGCUGCUCCUCCAAACGUCAGGAACCGAGUGGUGAGAACAGGCAAAGAGAACAUCUGUUUGCCAGCAGCAAGAGGAGGAGGAGGCAGAGGAAGAGGAGGAGGAGGAGGAGGAGGAGGCAGAGGAAGAGGAGGAGACGGAGACCCAUAUGAAGUGUUUGCCAGGACAGAUGGUAAUGAGAGGAGGCCGGAGUGGAACACACAGAGGCCCGGCCCCCGGUUCGUCCCGGCCUCGGAGCGUUACCCCCCCCCUCUACAGAGGAACCGACAGGAGAGUCGUCAGAGGAGGCAAGCGGAGCUGCUCGCUCUGCAGGACAGGACUUGUCUGUCCCGGACCGACCCCCCCAAUCCUCCUCCUCCUUCUCCUCACCAGGAGCCCCGUCUCUGCUCCAACCCCCCCCAGACCAGGACCGGCCCCCCUGUGAGGGUGCAGAAUGUCUCCAGAGGACAAAGCGUCUUAGCAGCCAUCAACGCUGAAAGGGGGCGCUCUCCUCCCCGAGCCGGAGACGGAGAUCAGCGGCAGCGGGCACCUUCCUCCUCGCCUCCUCCUCCCCUGGAGUUCGUUCCUUACAUGCGGAGCGAUGAAGUCUUCCACAUGGAUCCGCUGGAGCCCGCAGACACCCCCCCUCCGCCAACACGCUCAGAAGCUCCUCUGAGCUCGGUGUCUCCUCCUGUUCCUUCACAUCGACGCCUCCACACUGAACCACCACGUAAAACACACACACACCGACAGCAGGAGAUCCUCAGAGGCCUGGCUCAGCUACGGCAGGGUUUACUACAGAAGCAGAGGGAGCUGGAGACGGAGCUGAAUCCUCUAUCAAAGCGCCAUGGCAACGAGCACCGCAAGUGACCUGUGACCCCUGCUGUGUGCGCGCGGGCCGUCGUGGAGGAACGUCCAGCAGAAGCAGAAGCUCUGAGACCGAAUGUUCACUGUGCCAAACCAUGAAGGGAGUCCUCAGUCGAUCGUAUCAGGGAGUGUGACACAUAAUCCUCGUUUGGGCUCAUUUUCGGAGGCUGAAGGGAUUUAUUUUAUCCCAUUGCAGAACAGAAAUAAAAGAUGCAAAUAAAAUAGAUCUAGUGAUCCAUUUUUAUAGCUAAUAUCAAUUGUGUUUUGUUUUUUUAGGCAAAUUGUGCAAAUCCUUUUUAUUAAAAAAAAAAAAAAUCAGUGAAUUAGAUGGUAAACCGGUAAAUAGGUGUAAUACUCAUCUGACACGAAAGGCUGAAGUGUGUACAUAUGUAGAUGUGUGUAUUUACAUAUCGUGUUACCGAUUUGUCAAGGAGGGCUCAACUGAAAGAAAACAAAUGUUUUUAGUCUGAACCCACUGGCCCAUUUCUCUUUCCUUCAACUGUUCAAUUUAACCCCCGAAAAAUGAAAACGAUUUUUUUCAUCUUUGCGCAUCUUCAGACUGAACACAAAGUGUGUUAUUUGUGCAGAUGUUAACUUUCCAAUCCACUAGAAUGAAUCUCACGUUGGUUGUUCUGUUUCGGCGAGCCCCUCCAGCAGAGCCGGGUUUAUUUACUAGAACCGUGGACUGACGGGCAGCUGAACAGACAUCGUCAUGGUAACCAUGUCAGCCUGACACUGUUCCUCCAGAGAGGCUUUUUGUCAGUAAAGUGAGUUUCAGGUUGAGCACGAGGACUCGACUGAUCUGCUCCAUCAGUUCUACCUCACGAGAUCACAAUGAGACAAACGGAGCUCUGUUUUGAAUUGACUUUGCAUGAGAAGGAGCCUGUAUCAGGUAUAGUUGUACCUUUUUUUCUUUUUAAAGCAUCGUCCCCGCCGACAAGCACGGCGCUUAUUUAUUAAAUCAUGAAUCCAAUGUUUUUUGUUUCUUCAGCUUCCUGCUGGACGAGGAGCUCCACGUGUCUGUGUGCUUCUAGUUUUUCUGUAAUUUAUUGCAAAUGAAAUAAAUAAUGUGAAGUGUUCCAGACAACCUUUAUUCCUGACGGUGGAACUUAUAGUUUACUGUAUUUUGGAUUCAAAUAAAACGCCUCCGAUCUCAAAGAUC